GAGAACAUCCUGGGGCUCCAGUGCCACUUUGACAAGACGAUGCUCUUCGUGGAAACGGCGAGUCAAGACUUGGUGCCAAUCGUGCACGAACUCUUUUUGGCUGAAGUCAGCUGUCAUGCUUUUCGAAGUGACAAGUGGCAGGAUAUGGCCGUGAUUGCCAUUGUCCCACCGGCGAGUGGUCUUGGAAUAAGAGGAACGGCUGUCCUGGGAGCGGAAAGUGCAGGAAGAGAAGGCUGGUUCAUCCUCCUGCAGGGUCUGUCCACUGCUUACGCCGUCAUGGACGUUUUAAGUCUACGAGGGUGCCUUCGCAAUGACUUGGAAGCCUCCUUUAAAAUGGCGGAUGUUGAUCAGAUCAUUGGAGAGGGAGCGUACGCGACUGUUCAUCACAUGCAGGGCCGUGACGGACGUCCGGUGGCGGUGAAGAACAUGAACCACACAACGGACUUUGAAUCCAUUGCCCGUGAGGCCAGUGCGCUCGUAGAGGUCCGUGGGGAGCACAUCGUGGGAUUUCGGGCGCUCUUCUGGCGUCAAGAAGCCGACCAAGUUCGCUUUUCCAUGGUCUUCGAUCUCGCCACUUGUGGCGAUCUGCUCUUCAAGGUCUUGCAGUCUGGUAUAUUACCAGAAGCAGCAGCGAGGUCAAUUUUCGUGGGAAUUCUGCGGGGGCUCAGGCGGAUACAUGAGUGCAGUAUUGUACACCGGGACAUCAAGACCGAGAACAUCCUUCUAAAUCCAGGUGAUACGCCUGUUGUUGCAGACUUUGGGUUGGCGUGUAAAACUUCGGAUGCGCAGCAGAUGUCGCGCAGAUGUGGUUCUGCUGGUUUCGUGGCGCCCGAGGUAUGCCUCGGCACGCCCUACGAUUGCAAAGUGGAUACGUUUGGAGCAGGUGUUAUUCUUUUCUUUUUGCUUAGCAAAGAGCUUCCGUUUAGCAGUCCGGACCGGGACUCUGCUGCCACCAUGAGAAAGACUGUAAAGUGCAGUCUUCACCUUCAGCGUCCUCCCUUCAAUGAGCUUUCAAGCCGUGCAC